GCCAGAAAACACUAAAGAAGAACAAGAUUUUCUUUUUUUCUUUUUUUUUGUUUUUCAAGCUAUCAGAAUUCUACAGUGUUAAAUAAAUUUUUAUUAAAAUGCAAUGAAUAUCAGCGCUGUGAACCGGACCGGUCCUGUAAUUUCACGGUACCAGGAAGUGCAAGGCUCCAUGGUGUGUUGUGGUGACUUUUGAAAUCCCUUUAACAAUUCAUGAGCUGCACCUUGCAAGACCCAAGUCGGGUCUAUUCUUUGGAACUGAUACUGUAUCAGAUGACUUGAGGACAUUUUCCCUUGAGGAAAUUAAUUCAGUGCUGAGUUACAGUGGUCUUGUAUCUUGUGGCGUUCGUAACGGAAAGUGUAUAGGAUCAGGACAUCAUCGCUGGUACUGGAAUGUUGCAGUCUCUGAUCGCUGAAGAUGGAAGAUGUUUUCUUGCUUGCAUUUAGAUGAUCUGAUGACUUUUUUUUUUUUUAAAUGAUUCAGACACCUUAAGUUUCCUUUUAAUGGAAGAAAAGAAAUAAAGGCCAGGAAGAGGGAUGCAUAGCUGGAGGUGUUAUUUCUCAAGGCUCAUGCGUCUCUCAGUGCGCUGGGUCCGCCUGUGUCCCCAGCAGAGCCAAGGCAAGCGGCCUGGCCCACUCCGGCAGUUAUGGAGCUAUGGAAAAGUCAUUUUCAACUCUCUCUACUUCAACAUCCUCACCAACUGGGAUACGGUGCUUGACUCAAUCUUUGAACCUGUUUACUGGUUGGUGGACAACCUGACCCGCUGGUUUGGGGUGGUGUUUGUGUGUCUGGUGAUUGCUCUCACCAGUUCUGUAGUACUGAUUGUCUACCUCUGCGUCCUGCCACUGAUCAUACACACUUACCCGACACACUGGAUCAUCUGGCACAUCUGCUAUGGCCACUGGAAUCUUGUAAAUAUUGUGUUUCAUUACUACAAGGCCAUCACAACAUCGCCUGGAUAUUCUCCACAGGAAAAGUCUGAUAUUCCAACAGUGACGAUUUGUAAGAAGUGUAUUGUUCCCAAACCGGCUAGGACGCACCACUGCAGUAUCUGCAACACGUGUGUUUUAAAAAUGGACCAUCACUGUCCCUGGUUAAAUAACUGUGUGGGCCAUUUCAACCACCGCUACUUCUUUUCCUUUUGCCUUUAUAUGACCAUGGGCUGCAUCUACUGCAGCAUCAGCGCCAAAGACAUGUUCUUAGACGCUUACUAUGCCAUUGAGAGCUAUUAUCAGACUCCUCCACCCCAUUUCACUUAUGAGGAGAAGCUUUUUCAUAAGAGCCUUCUUUACCUGUGGGUGCUAACCAGCUCGGUGGCAGUAGCCUUGGGAGGCCUAACCAUCUGGCAUGCUGUACUUAUCACCAGAGGAGAGACAAGUGUGGAGAGACACAUUAACCGCAAAGAGAAAAAACGUCUGAAGCAGAUAGGCAAGGUUUUCAGGAAUCCGUAUCAUCAUGGAAGAAUAAAUAACUGGAAAAUCUUGUUUGGUGUGGAGAAAACGAGUCAGUGGAUAACGCGGGUACUGCUACCCUCCAGUCAUCCUCCUCGUGGUGAUGGGCUAACAUGGGACUGUCCUCCACACAGACAGGACGCCAUGGACACCAUAUAAAAGUUUAAAAAAAUACAAACCCACAUUUCAAACCAGCAGAUUUCAGUCCACUUAGUACAACGAUCAGCACUUUUGUGUUAGCAAAGCAUCACGGUGGUGUGAAGUGCAGGCCCUGCUCAGUCUCCUGACAAGGAGAAGCUGAUUUUAUGCCUUUUUAUGGUGGUGUAUUGCAGUGUCUUAAAUGUAAAAGUGACUGGAUGUGCCAAAGACUUACUGCGAAAUGAUCUUUCCUGGAUGUGUGUUUAGUAUUUUGUGUUAUUUGUGAGAAACAUCACACAUCCUUUUGAGGUAUUUUAAUGGGUGAAACAUUUCUAAUUUGGGCUGUGCAUUUCAUUAAAAGGACAUUAAUGGUGAAAAAUAGUUUGGAAGAAGUGUAAUUACUGAGGAGUUGGUCCAAUUAUGUGUAAUUUGCUUGUUUUAUGAUAACAUCUUGAAAAUAAUUUUACAGUGUGUCUUUAAGUAUAUUUGGAAAGAUGUAAUUUUAUCAUGUAUUAGGUACACCGUUCAAUCAUCAAACUGAUCUUAUGUUCUUUUUUUAAUGAUUCAUUAAGAUGUUUUGGCUGCUAAUAAGCUGAUGAGGAUCAGCCAUUAAUGAGACUGAAAUACAACAGCAUUUCACUAAACAGCAAGAUGAUCAUUGUGAAUAAAAAUGAUAUCGGAGCUGUGCUCCAUACAGCUGAGCAGUUUUGUACAUUUCCUUUUUAUAAUAAAUCAUGUUUUGAGUAGA